GCAAAAGCCAUUCGCGCACGGUAUCUGUGACAUCAAAGGACAGCCACUCAGCGGAGCCCCGGGUCAUCACGUUGCGGCCACUGAGAAACAAUACAAGGAAGAGACAUCUGUCUACCUCUUCUCUUCUAGCCAACAGAAUUUCCACUUUAAGUGUUAAGGACUGGAGGAAGAGAAAAGACCAGUCUGGAUCUAGUCAACUGCCAGAUCUUUACUAGCUGUCCUGGCUUGCCCACUAUCCUAACAGGUAAAGAUGGGCAGACGAGCUCAGCAGGAUUCUCACUUGGAGGAAAACCAUCUUAGCCCUACCUGCUCUUCAGCUGGAGAGGAUGAAGACACUACAGAAAAGGGUCCUCCAUCUAUACCUGUUCGCCGGCGAGGAGGAUGGGCAAGUGAUGCUGUUGUGAAUGCUCCCAAAUCAGGAAAGAAACAUACGGAACAAGAAGUUGAAGAUCACCGCCUGAGGCAGCAGAGCCAGGAGGCCUCCGAUGAUGGAGAAGAUAUUCCAGUGAUUCCUGAUUUGGAAGAAGUUCAAGAGGAAGAACUGGCCAUGCAGGUGGCAGCUCCACCCAGCAUCCAAGUGAAUAGAGUGCUUACCUACCGCGACCUGGACAAUGACCUCAUGAAAUAUGCUGCUUUCCAAACCUUGGAUGGAGAUAUUGACCUGAAGCUCCUCACUAAGGUUUUGGCUCCAGAGCAGGAAGUACGGGAGGAUGAUGUCUGCUGGGACUGGGACCACCUCUACACAGAGGUGUCUUCAGAGCUUCUCAGCGAGUGGGAUGUGGGUCUGGCUGAGAGGGAAGAGGCUCUCACUCCCACUUAGGCUUUGCCGAGAGGGUUGCACAGCUACCAACUACAAAGGGACAACUGUAGGGACAAAGGGACAAAAAAACCCCCCACAUUUAAAAAAAAUAUAUGCUUUGUGUCUACGGCAUUUUAUUUUGGCUCAUAUAAUAAAGGGAGGCAGCGGCUUCCUCAGAAGAUUGGUUUAAUAGAACUUGU